CUUUUCAGGAUGCAAAAGUUAACAGAGGAAUAACAAUCAACGAAAAUGCCUCUUAGCAAAGGCUAAUCUAUGUAAAUAUUUCGCAGCGUAUAGAAUUCAGCUCAACGCUACACAAGCGCAUACCUACUACGGGAGUUCGUCGGUGUAAUCAAAGGGAAACGCGCCCGUUUUCAACAACACGAAGAAAAGUGAACACAACAUUAGCUAGCGAGCAAGCGAACUGUGUGUUCUAUUCAAUCAAACUCCAAAUCUAACCAAUGUCACAGACCCGGACUAUUUAGAUAUAUGUUUUUUUUUUUUUUUUUUUGCGCAACCGACCUUGUAUUUCAAACGUGUGCACUGAUAACACACGGAACGUCAUUAUUAAGGCCUGUUGUGUUUCUCGUUGAAAAUACCGUUUAACACCAACGUCUUUAUCAGUAUGUGUUUUAUCACUCACUCCGCAUCUUGAGACAAUUUGGAUCUUUAUAUUCAUAGUCUUAAAAGCUACACACCGUUUACAUGAGCUUAUUUGAAUUGUUCAUACUAACCAUCCCUGGAGCAUCAAGAAGGAGCUUAUAAAUGUAUAAACAUCCUAUAUCCAGCAAAGCUUUGACAUGUUAGCAAACAGGAUCCUCAAAACCGCGAGUCAUGUCAGCUUGCGCUCUUUGUUUGUGGCGUUCGGUCAAGCCUGGUUGAUUGUGUUCUCACAGUUCUUCUGCUGUGGGAGUCUCUCUCAGACUCACUUUAGCUGAUCAGUCCGCUCAUCUCGUAAUAUUAUUCGCUGAAAUGAACCCGGUAAACGCCACCGCGCUGUAUGUUUCGGCGUGCCGCUCGCUUCUUCAGUGCGAUCCGCAGGAUCUUGAGACAUACGGUGCAUUGUUUAACGUCCUGCCUUUCUUUAGAGACUCCCUAUCCUGCCUUGCUUGUGGGAAUUUGCUUCUGGAUCCAAUUUCACCCAAAAAUGCAUCCUGCCAACACUAUGUUUGCAAGGGCUGUAAAGGCAAAAGGAUGUUAUUGAAGCCAUCAUGCAGUUGGUGCAAAGACUAUGAACAUUUUGAGGAAAAUAAGCAGCUUCAGAUUCUUAUUGACUGCUACAAGAGUCUCUGUGAGUGUGUCUCAGUGUGCAUCACAACAGAACAGAGUGCUUUGGCAGUCAAAGGAUAUCAUGAGGUGAAGAAGAUGCUGGAAGAAGUGUUGGAGAUAAAAGAAGAGCAAGAACAGUUAAGCAUUACUGAAGAACUAAAGCCUGUACAUUUGGAUGUUCCUCAUCUUAAAACAGAGAUGGACUCCUCACAAAAUUCUGCUGACAUAAAGCUGCAUGCCUCUGCUCAUGUUUCUGAGGACACACUUUUGACACUUGUGCCACCCUCUGAGAUUGUACAAACUGAACUAGAGACGCCCAAGCCGGUCACAGUCCUUGUUAGUGAACCUCUGAAUUCUAAAGAACUAAAUACAGACACUGUCAAUGUCAGUGUGAUAAACUGCAAUGUUAGUCAGAUGAGUGGCACUGAGCAGCUCCCACAAAGUGUUGUAGAGAACCUUGUAUCUGACUUUGUAAACAAGGACCAUCCUGUUGCCCAACAGCACAAGCUUGUGGUGUCAUGUGGACAGCUGAAAACCGCAGCAGAGCCAUGUCAGCAAACAUCACAGUCCUUGACCAGCGCUGUCCUUGCGCCGGGGCACCCACUGCAACCUCAGACGGGCAUGACGCUCCUGGCUGCCGCCCACAGAAAAGUGAGAAUGACCCGAAAGCGCUCUCGCUCGGAGAGUGACAGCAAGAUGCUCCGACCUCUGCCCAUCACCAGCUUCAUCCAGGGACCCCCAGUAGCCUCCACAGCUCCACUGAAGACAGCGUUUGAACCUAAAGCCCUGACCCCACCUGCUGUCGUGGUCCCUAAUGGAGGUGUGCUGAAGGUCAACAAGACCAUGCUGGAUUCAACUAAGAACAUACAGAUAAACGCUGACAUAAGUAAUAAGAAAGUUCAGCCUAAGACUAAAGUGAGCAUACCCAAGGCAAAGGCCAAAACAAAGGACAGGGUGCUCUCUCCAAAUAUGUUACCGGGACAGCCACCCAAAGUUGUAUACAAAAAGACGCAGGAGAAGAAAGGCUGCAAGUGUGGAAGAGCAACCCAGAAUCCAAGUGUUCUUACGUGCAGAGGUCAAAGAUGUCCCUGCUACUCAAACCGCAAGGCCUGUUUGGAUUGCAUCUGUAGGGGAUGCCAGAAUUCAUACAUGGCAAAUGGCGAGAAGAAGCUGGAGGCUUUUGCUGUCCCAGAAAAAGCCCUGGAGCAAACAAGGCUCACUCUUGGCAUCAACCUCACCAGUAUUUCAGUUAGAAACGCUGGCCCAAACGCAGGAGUCCUUAGCCUAUCUGCAGGCUCCCCUAUGGCUUCUUUUCUCACUUCCAGUACUGAUGAGGACCAGAAUUUUGAAGAUGCUCUUGAAAUGCAUUUUGAUUGUUGAUGGAUGUCCCUCUACUGAUAGAUCUCUCAUGAAAGGGUUGCAACUUUAAGGCAGCCAUGGUCGUUUUGUAGUUCAGUCUAACAGAAACUGUUUGCCAAAACUCUUGCCUGUAAUUUUCAUGUUCAACUUAUACCAUCAUACACACUGCUGUAAUGGAAAGUUACUGUGAAGCUGAGUGUUAUGACUUUUUGUUUUGUUUUGAAGGAACUGCAUGCUUCUCUGUGUGGCUGUUAUAUUCACACAGAACUCCAUAUCUAAUGAUAUAAGUCACAUUAACACCUGUCAUUUUGUUUGAUGUUCGAUUAGCCACAUGUUAAAGUUUCACAAGUAUUACGUUAAACAAUUCCACACUGCAGUCUUUGUCAACUAACAUGUAUAGCUCAUCACAAACAUUCCCAAAGCUGUUAAAUGAUUAACACGCUGAAAUUUGUUUACAUUCUGCUGACAUUUUGUCAUGGUAAUUCUAAUGUAUUUUUAAAUAUAUAUAUAAAAUAUUCAUUUGGAACAUGAAUAGAAGAUUAAAUUUAAACACAGCUAUACAUUAUCAGUAUUGUCUGCUCAAGUCAGAUUAAAUCACAUGCAUUUACUUAUGGUGGAAAAAGUAGCACUUAGUCCCAUUAGAGCUAGAUGUUUUAGAGACCUGUAGACCUAUGCUGGUUGCUAUAGUCAUCACUUCCUGUGUCAAACCCAUCUCUUGGUUGUGCACCUCCACCCCUAUUUAUUAGAAAUAUUGAAGGUUUGAAAUGAUGACAUUGCUGCCAAAUGAUUGUUUAAAUGCCACAUUUGUAAGCAGAAGUGGUUUUGUGGGGAUGUUGAAGCACAAAUAUGUCAAAAGAACAUCAUUUCUCUAUUCUGAACAUAACAGUAUUUUGUUGUUGUUGUUGUUGUUUUUUUAGAAUGCAUUCACUUUUCAAUUAAUUCCCACUGUAGUAAGUUUCAAGUAGGGAUAGCUGCAGGCCAGUGAACUCCAAAAGGGGGUUGCGCCAACUCCAAAGGGGGGUGACACCUCCACAGAUGGUUAGGGUUAUUGAAAGGGUUAAGUAAGGGGCUAGCGGUUUGGAUGUCCCGCCCCUUAUUGGAGCUCUGUCUACAGCUAUACACUUCUCGUAAGUUUUGACAUAGCUGGUUUAAACUGAUUUCUCAACAGAACAAUUAAAACAAAAAACUAGUGAAUGUAAAAGUGUUCAAUGUGUUGCCUGCGAAUGUAUUCAUGGCAGUGAUAUUUUUAAAGCAAUAUGAGAAUCAAAGUAUCAAUGAUAGAUAAACAACAACCCUUCCCUACAAAAAAAAAGACAUUCAAGGUGGUUUUUGUUUAAUCAUUUGCCUGAGCACCUUUUUAGCCCACUGAUCCCUCAAUAUGCUGACCCUGGAUAGUUCUUAGUGUUGUCUUGCUGUUGUGUUGUGAUUCCUGUCCUAGGGACCAAAACUAGAAAUAUGUGUUGAGAAAGGUCAGUGAACAUGUCUUUACCGUUUCACGUUUUGUAUAAUGAAGCAGGGUAGACAGUGCUUCAUCAGUAUCCUUAAAUAUGCUUGAAAACACUAUUUGUAGGGCCUUUGACCAAAUAUUGAAAAUCGUCUAAGUAAAUAGUUAAGUCUUAGAUCUUAAUAGAAAAUUGUGUUGUGUUUUCAAAUCCUUUGGUUUGGUAGAGUUGUUAUUGUUUCCACCCUUUGCUUUUCAAUGGUCAUUACUUGAACUCAGAUCUUAGUUUCUUGAAUUUGAAUUACUGGAGAUCCUCUUAUUAUUGCCGGUUUAUUCACUGCCACAUUUAAAUAAUGAAAAUUGCAACAAAAAUAAAUUAUAGUUUUUUAUUUCUUGUUUUUCAAAAAUGUGUGUGUCUCAUGUAUUUGGUAUCGUGUCUAAUGCACUAAAAUUGUUUGACUAUGUAUACCUUAUAGGACCUUUAGUAAGCUUAGCUUUCUUUGCAGUUAUUGAAUUAACUGCACUCAAGUCAGAGCUGGGUAGUCAGUGCAAACUCAGGUUUUAUAGUCGGCAGUAGUUCAUAACCUAGACCGCAUUGUGGCAUUAUUGCUAGUAUUAAUAGAUGUACUUCUUCGAUGAAAUGUACAUAAUUUGAAUCUUUUAAUUAACUUUAAUAGGCAAUACAGGAUCUCAAUAAAUGACUAAAAUAUCACUUUUGAACAUCAUGUGAUAUUUCACUUUGAAAAAUAUCACUUUCUUAAGCUCAGCAUGCAGGAGUUAGGAAGACUUUAGGUAGCAAAGCCAUCAAAUAAACCUUUAUCAUAAAAUCAUACCAAAAAUGCAAAUGCUGUCAUAAUUUACUCACCGUCCUGUUGUUCCAAACCUGUAUUACUUUCUUUCUUC